AUGCCUGAAGAAAGUCACAGCGCUCUUUUAAAGUGGAAUAGCUGUUCUGCACUUUUGGAUAUUCCAAAAAAACCGAACAAGGCAAUAAAGAGGAUACAUAUAUAUGAUUUUGACAAUACGUUAUAUAAUUCACCUCACCCUAACGCGGAACUCUAUGUCAAGUCCAUGCUUAACCAAUUGAGCAACUCCUCAAUUGUUCCUAAUAAAAGUUGGUGGAAUGAGACAAAGCUGUUAAAGCAGUCAUUUGAUGAUAUGCUUGAAUGCAAUGCAAAGCAGAAAAAAGCAUAUUGGAAUGAGGAUAUAAUAAAACUGGCAAAUUUAUCGCAUGAUGACCCUGAGACAGUAUCAAUAAUGCUUACAGGUAGGAAGGAGCAUUUGUUCGCAGCAAUCUUCACUGACAUGUUCUUGGCGAGCAACAAUGUAAAAUUUAAUGCUUAUUGCCUAAGGCGGGAAUCCGUUGGGUCUAGUACCAAUGAUUAUAAAAUUGUUGUGAUUCGUGAAUUACUUGAAAAUUAUUCAUCAUCCUUGGAAGAGAUUAAAUUAUAUGAUGAUCGCUUGAGCCAAACUAGAAGAUUUGAGAGCCUUUUCGCUAGUCUCAAUCCUACCUAUGAAUGGAAAGUGAUUCAUGUUCCUGCAAGAUUCAAAUUACUGAGGCCUGAAGAUGAAUGUAGAAUUAUACAAGCAACAUACUCAACGCUCGAAGCAUAUCCUAAUAUAUCGCUUGAAUGGACACCUAGACAAUGUGGCUAUUUUUUAACAAGACAAUCGUAUGGAACACUUCUGAGAUUUACCUAUUGCUUUUUGAAAAAAAAAUAUAAAAUGAGUUUGCUGCCUUAUUAUCCACUGUUCAUACCCAUGGUUGAAGCAGGCCAUUCCGUUCCAGAAACAGAAUUAAUCAAAAUCUUUUCGAGGAAUGACGCCAAAGUAGAUGGAAAGUUGCUAGAUGAAGAUGAGAUAAGAAAAACGUUCGAAAACCAGCCAAAUCUGAAGGGAUCCUGCUUCACACAUUUUGAUGUUGUGCAAAUUGGUAUCAAGGAGAAAAAUGGAGGUGUAAAUGUUCUUUACAAGGCAAGACCUACGAAUCGCGAAGGGUAUGAAUGGUCGAGUUUCCAUGAGUGGCUCGUCACUGUGGAUAAUAGGAUGGAUAAAAAAGAUGCGUUCCAAUCAUUUUCGGUACACGAAAUACUUUAUGACCCAGCAGCAGCCCCAUCCUUCAAUUGGGUCCAUUUGAGAAAACCAUUGAAGAUCAAGACAUUCGUGGGCCAUCAUUCAAGGCUCACGUUAUCCAGCGGCAAAAAAAUGUGA